GAAUUGCGACCAGUUCAAAAUGUUUUGCACAGGAUUUGGUGAAGAGAAACUCUCCCUUACAGAGUGUAUAGUCUCAGUAAAUGAACAGAUGUGAACAUGAGAGUGCACAGAUGGACCAUGAUCGAGGCAUGGGAAACAGUCGUUACCGCUAUGAUGAGGAGGAGGAGGAUCAUCAAUCCAUCUACAUUGGUGUUCCAGUCCCCCGCGGUUACCGUCGCAAACGCAGGCGGAGACGGUCGUCCAUGUCGAGUCACGAUGCAGAUGUAGAACGAAGACUUCGGCACGACCAUCACAGACAAGAACACUAUGAUUGUGAUGACAGAGACCGAUACGAUCUAGAGGCGGCAAACCUGGAUAAUCCAGAACUCAGCCUGCCACCAGACAUCAACAGAACCAUGUCCCCUGCAGCAGAACGACUGCGCUACAUUUUAGGGGAUGAGGAGGAGGCCAUGCCCACACCCACUCUCUUCACUGAGAUGGACACGCUGCAACACGAGGGAGACGAGCUGGAGUGGAAAGAAUCAGCAAGGUGGGUGAAGUUUGAGGAAAAGGUCGAGGAGGGUGGGGAGAGAUGGAGCAAACCCCACGUUUCCACGCUCUCCCUGCACAGCCUGUUUGAACUGCGGACAUGCCUACAGACAGGCACCGUGCUGCUGGACCUGGAGGGAUAUUCACUCCCACAGAUAGUUGAUGACAUCAUCGAACGUCAGAUAGAGGAAGGGUUGAUCAGUCCUGAUCUGAGAGAUAAAAUCAGCUUUGUUUUGUUGAGAAAGCACAGACACCAGACAAAGAAGCCAAUCCAUCGCUCCCUUGCGGAUCUGGGCAAGUCUGGCUCUGGAGGACCCACUCGGAGCCCAGCCCGAACUCCUGCCACUGGAGCAAAUUUUAAUCGCUCUACAGAAGAUCUGCGUAGCAAGCAAGCAAACUAUGGCCGACUACGCCACGCUCAAAGCAGGAGCAUGAAUGACAUUGCAGACUCACCAAGCACAGACCAGCUGAAGAACAAGUUCAUGAAGAAAAUUCCAAGAGAUGCAGAGGCAUCCAAUGUUCUGGUGGGAGAAGUGGACUUCUUAGAUAAACCCUUUGUUGCCUUCGUUCGGCUGUCUCAGGCCACUACUCUUGGGGGUCUGACGGAAGUCCCAGUGCCCACCAGAUUCUUGUUUGUGCUACUUGGGCCUCCUGGUAAAGCCAAAUCUUACAAUGAAAUUGGACGGGCCAUUGCCACUCUCAUGGUGGAUGAUCUCUUCAGUGAUGUAGCAUAUAAAGCCAGGGACCGGGAGGAUCUGAUUGCUGGAAUUGAUGAGUUCCUGGACGAGGUGAUUGUACUUCCACCUGGAGAAUGGGACCCCAAAAUUCGCAUAGAACCCCCCAAAAAAAUUCCCUCAGCAGACAAAAGGAAGUCUGUGUUUUCCCUCAAUGAGCUGGGUCAGAUGAACGGGACAGCAGGCGGCGGAGGGCCUGCUGGCGAGGAUGAGGAAAUGCCUGUUCCACAUGAACUUGGCGAAGAAUUGGCAUUUACGGGGAGGUUCUGUGGUGGCCUUUUCCUUGACAUCAAGAGGAAGAUGCCCUGGUACCCGCGCGACUUUUAUGAAGGCAUCCACAUUCAGUCCAUCUCUGCGGUACUCUUCAUCUACCUGGGCUGCAUAACCAAUGCAAUCACCUUUGGGGGGCUUCUAGGGGAUGCCACAGACAAUUACCAGGGUGUGAUGGAGAGUUUUUUGGGCACCGCUCUAGCUGGAACGGUAUUCUGCUUGUUUAGCGGUCAACCUCUCAUUAUUCUCAGCUCAACAGGCCCCAUCCUCAUCUUUGAGAAACUGCUUUAUGAAUUCAGCAAGAAUAAUGGGAUUGAUUACAUGGAGCUUAGGCUGUGGAUCGGAAUGCACUCCUGCGUGCAGUGUUUGCUCCUGGUCGUCACGGAUGCCAGUUACAUCAUAAAGUACAUGACGCGCUUCACAGAGGAAGGCUUCUCCAGCCUCAUCUCUUUCAUCUUCAUCUCUGAUGCCAUCAAGAAAAUGGUGGGAUCCUUUAAAUACUAUCCCAUCAACACUGACUUCAAACCGGACUACGUUACGGCCUACAAGUGCGAGUGUGUGGCGCCAGAUCCGAUGGCACCAAUGAUCUUCGAUGUUGUAGUCCCAGUGCCAGAUAAUUCCUCUGCUCUCUUUGGUUUAAACGUAACAGCUCUGGACUGGACUCAGUUGAGUAAGAAGGAAUGUGUGAAAUAUGGGGGCUCACUGGUGGGAAAAACCUGCAAGUAUGUUCCAGAUCUUGCUCUCAUGUCCUUCAUUUUGUUCUUCGGGACCUACACUAUGACUGUCACUCUGAAGAAGUUUAAAUUCAGUCGCUACUUUCCCACAAAGCUGAGGAAGUUAAUUAGUGACUUCUCCAUCUUCAUGUCCAUCAUGACGUUUGUGGGGCUGGACAUGCUUAUAGGUUUGAAAACACCCAAACUCAUUGUGCCCACAGAGUUCAAGCCCACACGCCCUGACCGGGGUUGGUUUGUGAUGCCAUUCGGAAAGAAUCCGUGGUGGGUUUACCUGGCAAGCUCCGUCCCUGCUCUCCUCGUAACUAUCCUCAUCUUCAUGGAUCAGCAGAUCAGUGCUGUCAUUGUAAACCGCAAGGAAAAUAAGUUAAAGAAAGGUUGUGGGUAUCACCUGGAUCUACUGUGGGUGGGCAUUCUGAUGGCAGCCUGCUCUUUUAUGGGCCUGCCGUGGUACGUGGCAGCCACUGUCAUAUCCAUCGCUCACAUUGACUCGCUGAAGAUGGAGAGCGAGUCUAGUGCUCCAGGGGAACAGCCACAGUUCCUGGGUGUGAGAGAACAAAGACUGACAGGAAUCCUGGUGUUUGUGAUGACAGGAGUGUCUAUCUUCUUAGCGCCCAUUCUGCAAUUCAUUCCUAUGCCAGUCUUGUAUGGAGUGUUCCUCUACAUGGGUGUUGCUUCUCUCAGUGGCAUCCAAUUCUGGGAUAGGAUCAAACUGAUCAUGAUGCCAGCAAAACACCAGCCAGACUUUUCAUACCUGCGUCAUGUGCCGCUGAGGAGAGUCCACCUGUUCACACUGGUGCAGAUUGUGUGCUUAGCUGUUCUCUGGGUCCUCAAAUCCACAUUCCUCGCUAUCAUCUUCCCGGUCAUGAUUCUUGGUCUCAUGGUGGUACGAAAGAUGUUGGACAUGGUCUUUUCUCAACACGAUCUGGCAUGGGUGGACGACAUCCUGCCUGGGAAGGAAAAGAAGAAAAAGGAUGAGGACAAAAAGAACACCAAGAAGGACAAAAAGAAAGGCAAAGCAGGGGAUGUCGGUGAAGAAGAAGACAAGUACCAACCUUAUACAAACUGCUCCCCCAGUGAUUCAGACUUGGAUCGCAGCAUCACUCUGCACCUGAAGAUCUCCUGUCCAUCGUCCCCGUCGAUGCCACUGGCCAGAGGGAUGUCUUGCCCCGUGCCCCAGGUGAAGAUUGAGAUGGAGUCCGACUAUGAAGAUGCAGAUAUUAACCCUAGAGGCAGACACAGGGAUCACAGGGACAUGAGCAGCGAAACAACACUAUAA